UGCCGGGGUGUUGUGGUGUUUACAGCUGCGGAUCUCGGGCAGAGCCAGGCCGGGCCGGGCGAGGCCCGGGGCUCACCGGCUAGAGCGGCGUAGAGGCCGCUCCAGCGCCCAUGUGCCCGCAGCCGCCCAUGGAGGUGAUGGAGGGGCCGCUCAACCUGGCUCAUCAGCAGAGCAGAAAAGCUGACCGCUUCUUGGCAACGGGGAAAUACGAAGAAGCCAUUUCUUGUCACAGAAAGGCAUCCACGUAUCUAUUGGAGGCCAUGAAGCUGACACGAUCGGAUCAGGCCCAGUUAUCAUUGGAAUUACAAAGGGAAAGCCACCUGAAACAGAUACUUCUGAUCCAAGAGCGAUGGAAGAGAGCAAAAAGGGAAGAGAGGAUAAAAACACAGCAAGCUGCUGACAGGGACAGUGCAACGCAUCUGCAAGCUUCCUAUAAACCAACAGUUGAGGAAUUGGAUGACCCAAAUGUGUCAAGUCCUGGCAGCCUGAAGUACAAUCCCUCUACUGAGAAGGAUGUGCAGGCAAUCCAUGGCCUUUUUGACAGGGAGCCAGAUACACUACUGUUUCUGCUUCAGACCAGAAAGAAACCAGCAGAAGUAUGUGUUGGAAGCAAAACUCCAAAGGAUGACAAGACAAAAAUCGAGGAGCAGGCCACCAAAAUUGCAGAUCUAGAGCGGCAUGUGGAAGUUCUCUUAGCUGAAAAUGAGAGAUUAAGGCGAGAGAACAAGCAGCUCAAAGCGGAGCGGAGCAGGCUCCUCAAGUCUCCCCUCGAGAAGGAGCUGGAUGUCGAUGCUGACUUUGUUGAGAAGUCAGAGUUGUGGGGUUUGCCGCAGCAUUCUGAAGUUGCAGCAACCUCGGCCUCAACUUGGCAGAAAUUUACAACAAACACUGGGAAAGCUAAGGACAUUCCAAUCCCCAGCCUUCCUCCACUGGACAUUCCAUCCCCUGAGCUCCCCCUCUUGGGACUCUCAGAGGAUAUUCUGAAGGGACUCAUGAAUAGUUAAAGGGAGACCACAACACAUGUUCACCUGUAGUUCAGCAGAGUCCAAAAAGGGAAAGCCUCUGCCAAUGGCAGAAAUACUGACUACAUCCCUAACAAGGGAGAAAAACCUCUGUCACUAGGAGAAAUCUGCAUGUCAUUGGAUUUGUUGACUAGAGCUUACCAUCGCUGGUAAAAACUAAACUGUGUCUCCUGACUCUUUUCAAGCCAAAUGUGGGGGAGACUUUCGGGUGUAAACAGUCCUAGAGAGGCCCAAGGUAUGCUAUGUGUAACAGGCCUCUCCAAUGCCAUAAAAUAAUGCAAAACCUAAAUUGGUAUGAACCACUAGGAGGGACAACCUCAAAGACAUUUUCUGUCAUGCAUUCAAUUGGUAUUUGAAUUGUGCACAAAUACUCAUCAUAGAGUGGAUGUCACUUCUGUUCCUUUACAGGAUGGAUCUACGUGCCACACUUUUGCUCUCCUGGCUUAAUAUAAUGUCAGCCAAUCAGGAGAAAUGCUAAAUUUCCAUUUUUCUGAAGGAACCAAAACUAGUUCUGUUAAUUUUUUUUUUGUUCUGUUAAUUUUUUUAUUUGUUUCCAUAAUCAGGGUGCUUCAUAAUUUGUUUUCUUUUUAAGGAACUGCUAGGCAUCGUUUUAAACAAAUACACAGGAACGAACAAUCCUUGGUGCAUGAAUGGAAGUAAUGGUACUUGCCAGAACUUGACUGGAAAUAAAAUGUUUCAGGUCUA